UGAUUUUAGGGCUUCAUGAUAUACGUCCAUAAAUGCACAGCAGACCUAUGUUUUUCGUCAUUCACUCCUUUCUCUAUCACGCUUUUGCCCCCGCACUGCCCACGCCGGAUCAUGAUUUACCACACCCCAGCACCACCCAGCCUGGAGAGCGGAAUGGCAGCCGAGCCAGAGCAGAUCACGUCCGUUCGCAGCACGGGUGACGGUCUGAAUGGAAUUCCUUCGCCUCCAUCCGCGGAUACGGUCGCGGACGAGGACUUGGACAAGGCCGCGGACUUAGAUAAGCAGAGUCUUUUGCAUUCCACUGAGGUUGCGACAGCCGCAACAAAACUAAAAAAAACCGGAAGCGAGCUCGAAGCCGGUGGGGUUACUGACAAGCACUCUGACGUAGAGGAAGAAAGCACGAAUGUGGGGAUCGCGCAGGCCUCUGAAUAUGAGGAGCAGUUCGUCGAAGGUGAGGAGAAUUCGUCGGUCGAAAGUGAACAGCCGUUGAUUGGAGGCGACGGGGUUGCAGGAGGAGGUGGUGAAGCUCAUGCCCUUUUGCAGCCAGGUGCUGCUGCACAGCCGGGUGAUUUACCCCACGCAGCCGUCCCACCCGUCGUCGAUGCCCCUAAUCCAUCUCAGAUUGAGAACAUGAGUGAAGCAUCUCAGGCACAGUACCUCUGGUUCAUGAAGACUUUUCCAAAACUGGAGGAUGGUGCAGAUAGUUGAUGGUGACCACGAGCCAUUUGGGUGGUGCACCAGCAGCAGGUGACAUGUUAGAGCAGGUGGUUUCAUAAUUUGAGGGGGUCGUUAUACUAAAGGAGGGGGGGGGGGGGGGACAAGGUGAAAAGCCACCUGAGGCAUGUAUAAGCACGCAAGGAAUACAUCUGGGUUUGUCUUUGAGCGUUGUUGUGGAUUGUGGUGGACCUUGAGGCUCAAAUGUUUUACAGUGUGUGUGUAAUGCGUUGCCCAUGAACGAAGAGCUGGGCGUUUCUGAAACGAUGAACAUUCACUUGGCACGCUGUUGCAACACA